UUGAACACAAUGGGAUCUCUAACAUUUGUUUUCUACCUGAUAUGUUUGUUCUUGUGGGACAAGGCUCAGGAGACACAUCAGUCCUCAUCUGUUCAUCAAGAGAGUGGCUUAAGAUCAGUAAAUGUUGGUGAAAAUAUCACUUUGCGAUGUUUAAAUAGAGGACCACCAACAUGGUUAUACUGGUAUAAGCAAACUGUGGGGCAUCACCCAAGGCUCAUUUCUUCAUCCUAUGGUAGUGUUAAGACAUUUUAUGGUGAAUUUGAAAACAACCCACGCUUCACACUGAAAUCUGAAAAUGGUAAAAACCUCUUAAGUAUUUCAGAUUUGCGUAUUUCAGACUCAGCUACUUAUUACUGUGCAAGUAUAGCUUCCACCACUGUUGAAUUCGCAGAAGGUGUUACAGUCAGUGUAAAAGGUUCAGGUUUGAAUAUUAACACAGUUCAGUCUUCAUCUGAGACCGUCCAGCUAGGAGACUCUGUGACUCUGAACUGUACAGUACACACUGAGACCUAUGAUGGAGAACACAGAGUUUACUGGUUCAAAGACUCUGAAGAAUCUCAUCCAGGACUAAUUUAUACUCAUGGAGACAGGAAUGAUCAGUGUGAGAUGAAAAAUAACACAAAAACAUGCAACUGUGUCUACAACCUGCCAACGGAGAACCUGAAUCUGUCUCAUAAUGGGAUCUACUACUGUGCUGUUGCCUCAUGUGGACACGUACUGUUUGGAAAUGGGACCAAGCUCAAGUUGAAGAAUGAGGAGGUUUCUCUUGUCUUGGUGUAUUUCUUGAGUGGUGCUUUGGCGUUCACCACUAUCCUGACACUUUCACUGUCUGCCUUACUGUACACACACAAGACAAAAGGCCAGCAAGCUACAGAGUCUCAUGAAACAUUUUCGGCUUCAUACCCAAUGAACUCAGAGCAGAGUUUCCAGGCUGAAGAAAACCUCCAUUACGCUGCUUUAAGAGUAAAGAAGGCCAAUCGAUCAAGAAGUCAAAGAGAUGACACAGAGACAAAAUGUAUCUACUCUGGUGUUAGGAAAUAAAACCAAUCAUGUUUUAGCUUCGUCUCUCUUUAGCAGGAUAUGAGUAGUUUUGUAAAUAAUUACUAUAAAAAAAAAAAAAAUUGAUGACGAGCAGAAGUCUAGAGAUGAAAAGUGCCAUUUCACAAUGUCAGAAGUCCUCCGACGUAUACCAGAAUUGUCCCUUUGUAUUUGAAAUUUGACCAUGUGAAAAAAAUAACAUAAAAUAAAUUAAAAUUAAAUGUUGUCUCGUCAGUAUUUUCCUUUCACACUGUAGCAGAUCCUGAUUCGUACCACAGCGAAAACAAGCCAUGGCCAUUGUAUUAUUUCUAUUUUUAUAUGAAAUGAGUUAUACUAGUGUGUAAUAAAUGCAAUACUGAACAUUAAGACAGCAGAUUUUUAUGAUUUUGUGAAACAUUUUGUAAAGUUGAUUUGAAAAGUGCUAUACAAGUGGUGACUUCAUAUUGAUGGAUGAAAGUGAGACUUUUCGCUGCUUCUCUCAGCUACCAGUAUUUCUAUUAUCAAUUGUGUUUAUGUGCCACCAAGCAUCUUUUUUUCAGCAG